AUGUCUGCCCUAAAGUCUCAGGACAGAAAUCACCACGCGCCUUAUUACGACUCUUCAGACAAGAUGUCGGCAGGAUCAAAUCUUGUGGAUUUUUUCCAGCGCUUUCAGGUCAUACAGCAGCAUAGAGACUCGUCGGAUCUGUUGAUUCGGGUUGGUCGCAUGCCAUUCUGCGAGGUGCUUGGCUGGGAUUCGCAUGCUAACGCCCCGUGGCAGGAUAUCCUCGUGUACUGCGACAAGCUCGAAACCGCCUUGCGAUUUCAGAACCAGCAACUCGUCGACGAGCUCAAGGAGUGCAAACGCGACAAGAGAGAUUUGCAGACCCAGCUGAAGAACAGCGAGGCGAGAAACGAUUGGGUGACCAAGGAAAUCGAACAAAUAAGGAACCACAAUGCAUACAUUCUCGUCAUGAUUGACGGCGACGGCCUGCUGUUCCGCGACCAAUGGAUCAAGCAAGGCGUCGAAGGCGGCAGGAAGGCUGCUCGCGCGCUUCGAGACGCCAUUACCGCUCAGUGCGGCGAGCAUGCCGACGUCGAAAUUAUUACAAAAGUGGUGGCCAACUUUGGCGGCCUGGCCAAGUUCUUGGGUCGCGACCUGUCCGACUUGAAGGAUUUUGCUUCGGGCUUCACCCAAGGCGAGGCAACAUUCGACUUUAUCGAUGCUGGACACAACAAGGACUGUGUCUCGUCCAAAAUCAGGAGUAAAUGCUGCGCUUUUUCCCAGACCAAGGAUAAAGUCUCAAAGUCUCAAAACCAGCUGCUGACCCGAUUCGCAGAUAAUAUACAGUUUCACCUCGAAAACUACAACUGCAGACAUAUUCUCCUGGGCAUCUCCCACGAUGCCUCAUACGCUCCCUUGCUCGACAAGAUUGCCCAAAACGACUUUUCCCGCCAUCGCAUGACCAUCAUCGAAGGCGUCCCCACCGUCCCCGAGCUCGUCGCCACAACCAUCCCCAGCAUGGACCUGGGAAGGGACCUUUUCCGCAACGACAAAUGGCCCGAUAGAAAUACAUCAUCAGCCUGGCAGCCGGGCAGCUGGGCAGCCGGACCUAGGACUGCCAGCCCUGCCACUAGUAUCGGAUCGGCCAGCACGCCAGGCCGCUCGUCAUUAUCAUACGCCAACGCCGCGAGCAGCAACAGCAGCCCCCCUCCCCAGAUUUCGCUCCCCAUUGUCCCCAAGCCCGUCGCCAGCCGAGCCCCCAAGGCGCAGUAUCAGCAGAUUCCCCCCCAGCAGCCCGACUGGAACCCCGGCCAUCGCGGGCUGGACGAGCCCAUCAUCGUCAGCGUCUCCGCCAUGGAGAGCAUCAAGAAGCGCAAGGAGUCGGAUAAGCUGUGCAACAACCACUUCCUGCGAGGGCCCUGCACCAAGGGUGACUCGUGCUUCUUUGUCCACGACUACAAGCCUAGCAGCGAGGAGAUUAACGCCAUUGCCGUGUUGGCUCGUCAAAACCCGUGUACAAAUGGGCAGGACUGCGAGUCUGACGAGUGCAUCUACGGCCAUCACUGCCCCAGCAUCCGCGACAACGUCUGCAUACACCCCUUUUGCAAAUUCCCCGAGGACGCUCAUCCCCCCGGGACGAAAUUCAAAAACCCAAGCAUCAAGGCAAACCAAAUAAGAUGA